GUUUUAUUUUUUUCGACAACUUCGCCAAAUUUUUGUGUUGGUCAGUGGUCAUACAUUAGACGAAGGCGGGAUAAAGAAAAAGCAGCCGUUUGAUUGAAAUGUUUGUAUAUGGGUGUAAAAUCACGGCCGUAGAAUCCGCAUAAUCGGGUUGGUGAUCUCAUUUUACUUCCUAACUUACCCGGAGAGUUGGGGUUGGAGUUGGAGAGCACAGCUUCUGUAUAAAUCAUAGACAAAACAAUCUCCGCGGUUGCGAAGAGACGCCGCUCGACAUUUUUUCUCUCCAGCACCAACUUAACAAACCCUAACUGUCUCCAGGCAAAAAAUUUCAACAAGAUUUCGUUGGUUCUUGUUGCUCUCUUUCCCACUUCUCGUCACAUGUAUCAGAUCCCGUCGAGGUCAAAGCAUAUAUGGUAGUCCUGAUGCCGGAGACCUGCGUAUUUUCUCCCAUCGGCGGUUACUCGUCGAAAGUUCCCGACGCCCGGGAUCUGGUUGCCUACGAGGAACUCUUGCAGGGUAAAAUCGAUCCAACUCGUUGCUAUAGCAAUGCUGACUAUUCUGAUCCGGAAGGCCAUCUGCAUGAAUCUGAACACUGGGUUCUCCCCAGAAAGAGGCGGAAAACAUUGUGGUCAGAGUAUCCCAUCUCAGUCCCUUGUACAUGUAUGAGCAAUAUCAAUGAUGUGGACUCGCCUCAACAAUCUGACCACGAAGGCUGCUCUUCUUAUGUGUUCUCCCAAGAUACUCAUUUUUCUUCAUCUGGAUGCAAUCUUAAUGAGACUAUGGGACCAUAUGUUGCAAUGGAGGGCAAUUGCCAAUUGGUGAACAACAGUGGUGAUGUUUCUCAGUCAUGCAGUACUGGGAGGCCACCUUGCCAAGAUAACAAUUAUGCAGGAUUUUCUCAUGCCCCUUCUGUUAGCGGUUGGAUGUAUGUUAACCAGAGUGGGCAAAUGUGCGGUCCAUACAUUCAAGAACAAUUAUAUGAAGGAUUAUCCACUGGAUUUUUGCCAGAAGAACUUCCUGUCUAUCCUGUUGUAAAUGGAGUUGUAAUCAAUCCUGUACCCUUGAAGUACCUCAAGCAGUUUCCUGAGCAUGUUGCCACCGGGUUUGCAUAUUGGACUUCAAGCAUUGCAAGCACAAUGCUGAGUGAACCCACAAAUGGUUUUACUUCUUGCAACGGAGACUUGGCAACACAUGGAUGUACAGAAACUGUUUCUCAUGUUGCACCUGCUAACAUGCAAACAAACUCGGAGAUAACUAACUGGACUUCAUCAGAGCUGCCAAUGUUGCAGUCAAGUGAAGAAGUGUGUUGGGUGUUUGAAGAUGAUGAGGGUAGGAAAUGUGGCCCAUAUUCUCUUGCACAGCUUUAUUCUUGGCAUCACUAUGGAUAUAUUCGCAGUUCAUUGAUGAUCUAUCAUGCACAGAACAAAUUUCAACCCUUUACCCUGAUAUCUAUGAUAAAUACAUGGAACGGAGAUAGAUUUGAGAUUGAUUCUGAAGUGCAGACUGGGAACCACAAGGCUAGAUCUCUGCCAUGCUUCAUGUCUCAAAUAUCAGAAGAAGUAUCUGCCCAAUUACACACUGGAAUCAUGAAGGCAGCUCGUCGAGUGCUGAUAGAUGAGAUAAUAAGUAGUAUAAUUCCUGAGUUUGUGGCUAUGAAAAAAUCUCAGAAACAUCUCAAACUGGAGCCCGCAGAUCAAGCUCAUAAGACUCAUUCUGCUGAGGAAGGGCAGUCUGGGGAUGUGCGGGAUAUUAACUCUGCUGCUUCUGGAAAUGCUCUUCCGAUGCCUCUUUCAUUAUCUGACCCCGUGAUUCCUGUUUGUGGAGUAUCUAAAGAAAUGCUAGCAAAUACAACUUCUGUUCGAUGCAUUGAAAACUUUUGCGAGACAUUAUCAAUAGCCCAUAGAAUGCUUUUUGACACUUGUAUGCAACUCCUCUGGAAUGCUGUGUUUUAUGACACUGUAGCAGAUUAUUCUUGUGCCUGGCGAAAAAGAAAGCGUUGGUCUGGUUAUCCUAUUUUACCAAUUGUAGUUGCUGUUGGUGAAGAUAAGCUUUUCAAGGAUUCUGAAGACAUGAUCGAUAAGGUGCAAUCUGACAAAUGUUCUACUUACGGGGUUGAUUGCCCUCCUGGUUUUGAACCUGUUAUGAUGAACAAAGAUAGUCAUGCCAGAUCAUAUUCAAUUUCUUCAUUUCAUGCGGGGGAAUCACCACUGGAAGAGAAUCACCUUUACACCAGUAAAGUUCUCAAUAAUGUACAACAUAUCCAAGAUGGAAUAGAAAAUGCGCUACAUGUAUCAGCAAAGUUGGCUUUGUUUGAGUACUUUGAAAUUUUUGUCAAGGAGGAAGUGGCAAAAUUAAGUAAUUCUGCACUUGGUGAUAUAUUGAGUGAGGAUCUUAUUGAUGUUGAUAAGCAUUGUCACAAGGCUUCCAUUGAUGUAGCUGAGGAUUUUAAGGAAGUUCUUGAUAGUUCUGCACAAUCUAUUUCAUCAGAUGAUGAUGAAACUGUGAAGCAGUCAUCAAGGUUUUCCACCCAUUCAACCAUUUCUUCCCAAUCAGAAAAAUGUCUAUUUAAUCGUUAUACAAGUGCCAUUGAAAGAUUAUGCUUACAAGUAGCUGAUGUGAUUGAUAAUCCUGAGUUUGAUGAGCCAUCACCCCCUGGGGUUGAAGAUAAUUCUAGAUCUAUAGUUCUGUUGCCGAACGUCAAAGUUCGACCAGCCAAGUCAGAUGAAUAUGUUCCUAAGAUUGGUUUGUAUGUUGCCCUGGCGCUAUGCCGACAAAAGCUGCAUGAUGAUGUCAUUCAAGAGUGUGGUUCUUCUAUUUCUGAUGCUGCUUUGUGGCAGUGUUUUCAGUCAUGGUAUUCAAGAAAAAACUAUGAAUAUGAUGCCACUGAGGAAGGAACUGUUAAUAUUUAUAAAGGAAAAGCUGCUGAUUAUACAUAUUUCCGCAAGAAAAAAAUAUCAAAGAAGAAGCCAGCAUUAUCAUCACAUGGUAGGGUCUCAGUGGGCAAUGGAUUACUGAAUUACCACCAUAUGAACAAGUCUGGAACUCAGGAAGUUCCUGGAGAUGUGGCUAAGAUGGCAGAAGUGGAAAAUAUAAAUUUGGUUCUGGAAAAGUGUGAACCAAAUAAAUGCAGAACAGAAUCUCUUUCUAAAGGUGCAUUAUUGCAGGUUGAUGAAACUAGAUUGCUUGAAAAUUUCUCAUCUUCCAAGAAGACGACUAGUCAUGUAUCAAAGAAGAUCAGCUUUGUCAUUAAAAGAAGUGAGGUUAAACCAGAUGACAUUGAAUGUGGUGUAGGAGGGGUCUCUGCUUCAGCAGAAGACUCUAGUGCAUCUGCCAAAGUUUUCAAUAAUGGUCAGAAAGAUCGCUGUGGGUAUCACCUUGAAAAGAAAGCAAAAUCAACCAAAGUAUCUCAUCUGAAAAGGAAGCUUCUGAUUGAUGGCACAGAAUUGUGUCCCCCACCUAAGGUUUUGAAACUUAAGCAUCCUGGUGUUACAAAAAAAGGAACGAGUAAGCAAGUAACAGUGCGCAAGUUCAAAUCUAUUACUAAACACAGAAUAUCAAAUCCGUGUCCUUUUUCUGAUGGCUGUGCUCGGGCUUCUAUUAAUGGCUGGGAAUGGCACAAGUGGUCACUGAAUGCAAGUCCUGCUGACAGAGCUCGUGUUAGGGGAACUCAAGUUGUUCCUAUGCAAUAUUUAAAUUCUGAGAUUAGUUUGUCUCAGUCUUCAAAUGGAAAAGGCCUUUCUGCAAGGACAAACAGAGUUAAGCUUCGUAACCUUCUAGCUGCUGCAGAUGGAGCUGAUCUUUUGAAAGCAACUCAGUGUAAGGCAAGGAAAAAGCGUCUCCGUUUUCAGCGAAGCAAAAUACAUGAUUGGGGUCUUGUUGCUCUUGAGCCAAUUGAAGCAGAAGACUUUGUAAUUGAAUAUGUAGGCGAGUUAAUUCGUCCUCGAAUAUCCGAUAUACGUGAACGCCAAUAUGAAAAGAUGGGAAUUGGCAGCAGCUAUCUGUUUAGAUUGGAUGAUGGUUAUGUGGUUGAUGCUACAAAGCGUGGUGGGGUUGCAAGAUUUAUAAACCAUUCAUGUGAGCCUAACUGCUAUACAAAGGUCAUCACUGUUGAUGGUCAGAAGAAGAUAUUCAUUUAUGCAAAACGACAUAUAGCUGCUGGUGAAGAAAUUACAUAUAAUUACAAGUUCCCACUUGAGGAGAAAAAAAUUCCAUGCAAUUGUGGUUCAAAGAGGUGUCGUGGAUCAAUGAACUAGGAGGUCGCUAAGAGUUGCUACACCGGUGUAUACCAUAGUGCUUGUGUAAAACCUGCUGCUUACAUUGGAAACAUGAGAAUAACAGACUACCAGAGUUGGGCUGAAUCAUUCACAUUGAGGUGCAUCUUUGAAGUUGCUGCUUAUUUGUUCAAGCUUUUGUAAGCUUUCAUCAUGCCCCCUCCCAUUUGGCUGGAAGCUUAAACUGCAAUAUGAAGAGAGAACGAGCUACGGCAGCAAUCUUUAUCAAGGCUUUAUCAUCUUUUGUAAUAAUUUUGUGCCUGAUCUCAAUAGCAACUGGCAUUGAUGGGGAUCUCAUUAGUUUCCCAAAUGAGAAAUGGGCGUAAGUUCAUGAAUGCCAAUUUUGGUGGUUGCUGUACGGGCAUCUAGAUGAUCUCAAGUUGCAGAUGAGUUUCUCCACUUAAAGCUGUAAAUUUGGUUAUUGGUUUGCUUCCACGCAUGGAGCAGUCUGAAUAUUAUUCUGUACGGUUAUAAAACUAAAUUCUCACUUAUUGAUAUAAUAAAAAUCUCACAAGGAAUAAAGUUUAUCUUGGAAAAUUUUCUCCUUGGUUCUGAAAUUUGGGUGUUCUUUUCAAUUAGAAUUAUGGCAAUAAUCUCCCUGAAACUGCCUGUUAUUUCCAAUGCUCACUCCAGAAUUGUGUAGAUUGCCGAUUUCCUAGUCUCGGCACUAGGAGGGAUCAAUAUAUGAUUCAAUAUUUUGGCCCCAAAAUAUCAAUAAAAAGAACAUAUUAUAGGAUGCUUGUGCUAGUUGCAAGAUAUUUGAUAUAUAUCUAAUUUAAUCCCCCCCCCCCAAAAAAAAAGAAAAAACAAAAAAAAAGAA